UUCGUUUGAUGCGUAUUGAUUUGUAGCUGUUGCUUGAAAUAUGUUUCACUUUCGGGCAAGUGCAACUUGCAAUGUUAAAAGAGUGCUGGACUGUGCGACAACAAUAUAAAGUUUGAUCAGUAUGGAGCGACAUAAAUCACUGCCUCUAAUAUGUGGACAAGCGUUAGCUGCAGAGACGAAAUGGUUUACCUGUUGCCUACCUGAAUAAACGUAUACUGUUUCUUCAGCUAUGUUGAUAAGCUGAUGCGGUAUGACAAGACUGAACCAAAAUUUGUUGGUUUUGUCUAUAUUUUGUGCAAUGUGUACGAUCGUGUUCGUACAUUUGUUUAUAUUUCCCGUCUAUCAGGCGCAACCGAAGAAAAAGGUAAUGAAAUAUUUGGGUGAUUACGAGCAGUCGCUUUGUACGUACAAUCUAAAACUAUCACGUACACGUUCAGGAAGGUAUCACUGUCCGAAAGAUGGCAUUGUUACUGUUUCUCAAGGUGGUCGCCUUGGAAACCAGAUGUGGGAAUAUGCUUCAGUAUGGGCAGUAGCAAGGAGAACAGGAUUGGAACCGUAUGUACCAAGGUGCAUUCGUAAAGUGCUUGACGAAAUAUUUGAUGAUCUCAGUAUACCACCGCUUUUUUAUGUCUCUCAUUGCCCAGCAAAAUGGGAUGGAAUUAUCAAGUCCCCAGAUUGGUGGAUGUACACAAACCAGAGUAUUCUUUUGCCUAGGUUUUCCAUUUUGCCAGAGCUAGUGCUUUCGUGGGUUGAUGACAUAAGACAUGAAUUUAAGUUUAAGAAGAAAUAUGCAGAUGCCAGUCAAAACGUUCUUAGAACUGCUACACAAUUGAUGAACAAUAGCAAUUUAACUUUUGUUGGUGUUCAUGUGAGGAGGACAGACUAUCGGCAGUACCUGUGGAGAACACGAAAAAUGAAUUUAGCAGGUCCUGAAUAUUUUCAUAAUGCAAUGGGCUAUUUUCGUGAGAGGUACAGGAGUGGUGUUGCAUUCUUGGUGGUAAGUGAUGAUCCGAGCUGGUGUCGACAUAACCUGGUAAAAGAUCACACUGAUGUAUUUGUUGUGAGCAAAGCAGGUGUCACCAGCCCAGGUCAAGACCUUGCCACCAUGGCUGCUUGCAACCACUCAAUUAUAGACUAUGGUACCUUUGGUGUAUGGGGUGCAAUCUUGGCAAGUGGAGAAACUAUUCUAUAUAAUAUAACUAAACAUUCAUCUGUACGUGUGUCUGAAUUACUUCCAAAUUGGCAUAUAAUGAGUUAGCAAUUCUGAUACAUGUCGAUGAAGUUGGAGGUUUAGUUCAUUCUAUAGAAACUUGAGUCUUAUAGCUAUAUGGUUGUUGGAUAUGAAGUAUAAUCUUGUAAUGUGAUACCUGAAGUGUUCAAAAAUCGUGUUGUAAGCUUUAUUUUUCGCUAGUCAUAAAUACAAAAGUAACUUAUGUUUGGGGCCUAUAUAAUAUGUAAUUUGCUAAUUGUAACCUUUUUUCUCCACUUGCUUGGAGGUGUGCAUCAGUUGACUUGGCUGCUGGCAGGUAUUGGUACUCGGGGAUGUGAAGAGAUUGUUUGCUAUGCUGAUUUCUACAUUUAUGUGAUAUUUUUAUGUUUGAUUCUUUAUUAUAUUUGUGGAUGCUGUUUCUUUUUAAGUAUAUAUGUUUUGUAACAUCUAUAUUAGACAGUUGA